CUAGUCGGGGUUGGGGGAAGUGGCAAUGGCUCCGCAGGGAAUGGUUGCGGUGUUAUGUUGAGUUUUUAUUAUUAUGUAUGGUGUGUAGAAUAGCUUGUAACAAAUGUGCAGUUUUAACGAGUAACUAUUAACACAGUGCUUUGUCUUAUGACGAUCCACUACAUUUCAGUAAAAUGUCCACAAGAUCACAACUCACGAAGGAUUUGAAUGAGAGUGUGAAGUCAUUGUUGGGAAAACAUGUCAAAAUAUUGCUCAAGAAUGUUGUCAAAUUGGAAACGAAAGGUGACAAGACUGAAAACCGUGUUCUGGUUUUCUCACCGUGUCGAUUGUUUCUCCUCACAGCCAAAGUUCCAACUCGGAUUGAUUUCCACUUCCAUUACUUGGAAAUUCAGGCGAUUGAAAGCAAGAAACCUAAUCAGUUGAGUUUGACAGUAGGUGACAAAGUUUACUCAUUUUUAACUGGAGAUGAAACCGGUAGUCAGGAGGUAGAUGCAAUGGUGCUGGCCUUGGCGACUGCAAUAAGAAACAUUUUUCCAACAGUGCCUCUGCAACACAUUAUCCGCAAAGUUGAGGUGCUACCCAGUAAACGCAUCCAGCAAUUACAGGAAGGGGAACUAGGUCGAGGACAUGAUGGGCGAGGUCUGGGUCCCUGUGGAGGAUUCUCCACACAGUAUGCUUGUAUGUGUGACUACCAUGGAAUGCCAUACAGAGAAGAGGUGUCUUGGGAUGUGGAUACCAUUUAUCUGUCGCAUGAUACAAGGGAGUUGUGCUUACGAGACUUUGACCACUUGGAUGCAAAGGAUAUUGUACCGAUAAUUAGUGCCCUUGAGUACAACACUUGGUUCACAAAGCUGCGAGCCAGCAACAUAAAACUAACACAUGAAGCCCUGGAUAGAAUUCUGCAUGUGAUGAAGAAGUCACUUAGUAUAGAAGAAUUAUACCUAGACAACCUUGGUGUUAAAUGGGAUUUUGCUCACAAACUUUCACUGGCAUUAAUAGCAAACAAUAGCACCCCUCUUCACACACUUGAUUUAUCAAACAAUAUGAUUGAAGACAAAGGUGCAACUAGUCUGUGUGGAAUUAUUGCCAAAAUUAUCCAAGGUGCUAGCCACCUUAGCAGUCCAUUAGCGAAGGUGCCGAAAGGUCUGAUUCACUUAAACCUGUCUCACUGUGGCCUGUCUUCCAAAGGAGUGAACCAAGUUGCUCAUGCACUCUCCCUCAACAAGUUUAUGCCAAGCACUCUUACGUACCUCAACCUUAGUGACAACAACCUCAAGGAGGAGAUCAAUAAUCUUUGUAACUUCCUUGCUCAGCCAAACUCUUUAACUCACCUGGAUAUCUCGGGGACUGACACUGCAUUGGAAACAAUAUUUGGUGCUUUGCUACGGGGCUGUGCUACGAAUCUCGUACACCUGAACGUAUCUCGCAAUGUGUUUAGCGCCAAGAAAACCAAAGAAGUACCCCCGUCAUUCAAACAGUUCUUCACCAGCACACUCAGUCUCAAGCACCUCAACAUGUCAUUCUGCAAGCUGCCACUAGAGGCCCUCAAGAACUUGCUUCUUGGGUUGGCAUGCAAUGAGUCCACUAUUGAGAUUGAGCUGGACAUGAGCUGUAAUAAUCUUGGUGCCCAAGGAGCACAUGUGCUUGAGUCGUGCAUACAUGGCAUUCGGUGCAUUGGAAGCCUUGAUAUCAGUGAGAACAACAUGGAUGUUGAUUUGGCAUCAGUUGUGACUGCAGUUAGCAAAAAUAAAUCAAUUAAACAUCUAAACAUGGGUCGUAACCUUAACAACAUGAAGCCAAAACACAUUUCAUCAGUUAUGGAUGCUGUUGUACAAAUGAUUCAGGACGAAGACUGUGUGUUGCAGUCUUUAUCAAUACCCGAUUCGAAGCUCAAGUCUGACCUGUACAACCUAAUCAAUGCCCUAGGCAGCAACCAAUGUCUACAGAGUAUUGAUAUCAGUGGUAACCUGAUGGGUGAUGCAGGGGCUAGGUUGCUAGCAAAGGCACUGCAAAUCAAUUCCAGGCUCAAGAGCAUUAUAUAUGAUCGUAAUAACAUCACACUUCAAGGGUACUGUGAUCUUGCAUAUGCAUUGGAAAGUAACUACACUGUACGAUACAUGCCAUUCCCAAUUUAUGAUGUGGUUCCGUGUAUGAAAACUUCAUCAGAACGUACUGACUCGGUCAUGAGAAAGAUCCAGGAUCUCCUUCAUAGGAAUGUGUCACCUAAGAAGUACAGCAAUGGUCAAGCAUUCAGACUGCAGCAGGGUUUCCUUCUUAGCUCCACCCAACAGAUGGUAGACAGGCUAGUUGUGCAGACUCAGGAUACAAUCCGCACACUGUCACAGGAGUCAACUGACAAUAACAACGAUAUCAACUAUGCUACAGGUCUUAUUCAGGAUGCAGAUAAUUCUAAACAGCUUCUGCCGAGGUUACAGGAAGUGGUACAGAGGCGAGAAGAAGCUAGCAACCCCAUUGAUGUAAAGCUAAAACAAGUUGCAGAUGAAUUGCACAGCGUUGCGGUUGGAUAUCUGCAGGGUACUCUGGAGAGCAUGAUGAAGUGUGCAGAAGAUCAGUGUCCACAUGUUUUGGCUGAUGAUCGAGUUCAGGGCGAGAUCAGGAAGAUGUGUCAUGAAAAGAUCUUCCUUCCUCCUGAGUUUAUCCAUACCUGCCUCGUUGAACAGGCAGGCGCAGACAUCAUGAACAAAGUCAACGAACUGAAUCUGGCAGUGGUUGCUCAUGUGUCUGAUCGUAUUACGGACGAAGUCAUUGAAUCUUUGUCACAGAGUUACAAAACACUGAUGGGGGAUGUGAACAAGAAGCGUUCUUCUACACCUGAUGUUUUGCGGUCAAGGUCUCGCAUGAGCUCGGAUUCAUCAAGAAAUGAUCCCAGUGAAAGCUUUUCCAUGGCAGACACUCUGAGCCAGCAAUCUGAUCAGUCACCUAUGAAAUUGGAAUAUUUGAACCUUGCCACACCACACCUCUCCACAAAACGGAAGAGUCUUCAUGGACGUAAGCUGAGACCGAAGUCUGUUGUGGAUAGUGUCGAUGGUCUCUCAGCAGAUGACAUACCUGAUCUCUUGCCUUCAUUACCAAAGUCUACAGAAGAAUCUUUAGACUCUGUGGCAGAGUUGCCAACUGCAGUGGGGCAGCAGUUGCAACAUUUGGUGAAGGGGCGACCACGAAGAGCCAAGACGAGGGCCCCAAGCCGGCCAAUGCUGCGGCCAGCAGAAAUAAUAGAGAACAUACAGGAUCUGGGUGAGGGGUUGGACACAUUCUUCAGACCAGGCUCUGUCACGCCUACUGGUACACCGUUGGUCUCACCCACAUCAGAUGACAGCUCACACACAUUUCCAUCAGAAGGCAGUCCAAACCACCAGUCUGGCAGUAAAGAUGAUUGGAAGAAUGCAGACUCAAAGUCCAGUUUGGGUGGAGAAGGGAAGACAGUGAGAAUAUCUCCAGAUCCUCCACAGACCUGUGGCGCAUCAAACAAGUGUGGUACAGAUGAGGACAAGUGUAACAGUGGGAACAACUUAAAAGAGAAGACAGGACGCAGCUCCCCUCUCCUGAAAGGAGUGUCUGGCCUCUUAGAACCAGCAGCACCUCGCUCCCGGUCGAGUGAUAACUUGGAGAAGUACUCUCCCCUCAUUGGACGACGGUCUCAAGGAGAUUCACCGCUCACAGCUUCCCCAUUGGCAAGGCGGAUGCCUGGGCAGGAAGGUAGCCUUGAGGGUGGACAGCUGACAAGAGAGGACAGCAGUGGCAGUAUUACUCAGGAAUUUGGUUGCAGUGGCGAUAAGACUGAUGGUUCAGCUCGUGUACCGAAGAUCAAAGUUGGAGUUAACAACACAGUACUUGCUGAAAUGAAGGCUCGACAAGAAAAGAGGACAUCAUCUCCACGACAGGACUCUGAUCCAGACAAAGAGAAGCCUCCGUCACCAACAGUGCUUCCCUCAGUGAGGCUUCGAUCCACAGGCUUGGCAGACUCUUUGCGGUCUCCGACCAAUGGAUUCCCCAAAGGGAGUUCAGGUGAAGUCCCAAAGUCUCCCAUCCUCAAGUCAGUGACAAAGGAAAUUUGUGGCAGCAGGACAAAUUCAGACUCAGGGUCAUGCUGCUCAUCAGGAAAGCAGUGCCCCAGCAAAGUGAAACCUCCACCACCCAUUGCUCCAAAACCAAGACCAUGGUCCAUGGUUGGAGGUGACAGGAAGUCAGGAGAGUUCUCAUUGCCAAGUGAUGGGUCUAGUACCAACACUUCUGCAGCAAAUACUCCUGAUUCUGGGGAUGCUCUGGAUGAAUCCACAGACUCUGGUGUGGCUAGCAUGGGCUCAGGAUCAGGUCCAGGUGGUGGAGAGAAGCGUUCUGUUCGAGAAAUGGCAGCCAGUUUGAGCAAGCAUGGUGGUCCAGACUCUGACAGCAAAAAGAAGGGUGCAUCACACAGUGAAUCAGAUGUGGCCGAUAGCAAAGCAUUCCAGCAACAUUCAAGUGGCCCAGUAAAUAGUGCUAUUAGUCUGAGUGCUGUUCGUGGAACAAGGAAACUGUCUCAUGUUGAGGAGCUUCAGGAGAGCUUGGCUGAUAGGCCAGCACCACAAAAUGAGAAAUUAGCCACAGCACGUGUGAGGCAGCAGAGCUUUGUUCUGGAGACCGAGUUCACACAUGAUGAUGUAGUGGAUGUCUGAACAUCUCAUUCAUUCCAUUAACAUAUUCAUUCAGCUUUUACCACUGCCAGGUAUACAGUGACUUCUAUUGACACUUGCUUAUCCGCUAUGUAGGACAGCUGUAAGUUGGUUUUAUUUCCUCAUCCCUUGAACUUAGUAAGGUGGGGAUUGUUGUGGUGGUUCAUUGGAUACCUGGAGUGGCAGCCAUAAAUAUAGGGUGUUUAUUAAGUUACUUUAUCAGUGCCGGGAGAUGUACCUCUGAAAUUGUGUGGCUUACCACUCAUUAUAUAGUCUGUUAACUGCUUCACAAUCUUCCAUUAGGCUAAUAUGCAUUUUAUCACCAUUACCUUCUCAUCUUGUCUUCUUUACUUUGUGGAUCAGUGGCAGUGUAUGGUUCAAGAAAUAUGGCUCCAAAAUUUUCUUACCAUUAAAUGGUAAAGGUGCUUCAUAACCACCCAGUAUUUCAAAAGGCAACAUUUUAUUUCCUCCCACCUCAAAUUUAAAACUUUAUCAUUCCAGUCAUUAGGUGUGUUAUUGAAACAUUUUAAAAAAACUGCUAGACUAAUUAUUGUAAAAUAAACAUUGCUAAGCUAACCAGCUUUUAGAAUAUGAACAAGGAGCAAGACGAAAGCAAGUAUUCCAAUCUUGGUAAUAGAUAAUACUGCCAGUUAUAAGUUUUUAUAAUAAACCUAAUCGUUUUUUUAAAUGUUGAUAAGCAUCUCUAGGCUUAUGUAUUACAGUGAUGCUUUGUGCAAUUGAUUUGUAUUUUGUUUGUAUAGUUUUAUAGAUUUAUAUUGAUAUCACUCGUACUCAGCUACAUCUGAGGUGAGCUGUGUUUUAUAUGUAUAAAUAGUUUAAUUGUAAGUAGCAUGUUAAUUACAAACUAAAUUGUAAAUUCUCUGAUAUGAUUAUAUAUACAUAAUAUUCAAGCUCAGUGCACAGAAUAUGUAUCUUUUUGUCACUUGUUUACAAUUUCCAUAUUUACUCACAUAAUGUAGUAAACAUUUUAUACUUCGUUUUUAUAAAUAUUGAAAAUGCUCUAUUAUUUAAACCAGGGAAGGGGGGUAAUUGUUCUGGGACAAUAAAACUGUAAUUUUGACAAAGAAUCAUAUACACUUCAUCUGCCACCUUUCUUAAAUGUUACAGACAGAACAGGUAAUAUAUUUUGUUUGCUAAAUGUCCAUUACCUGCCCAUUAUACUUUCAAUAAAUGGAGUUGUUUUAUAAAAAAAUUUGUCAGAAUUUAUAUUAAAAUAAAAGUCUGAAGUGAUGCAUCCUCAGACAGACUGGGGUUUCACUUAGCAUGAAGUGUAAAUAAAAUGUUUCUGACAAAUGAUAGAUAACUAAAUAAAACAUUUUAUCUUAACACACAUAAUUUACUGUACAGUUGAUUACUUUUGAUAAAUUUUAUAAAUGUGAAUUUCAAUAAUUCAUUAAUGUACUUCAUUUGUAAGAACACAUUCCAUUAGGAGCUAAUUAGAAAUUAACUAACCAUAAUUCCUGCACUUCUAAAACAGGAGGUACAGUUUUAUUUUCAUAUAUGCAUGUAUUUUCUGGUUUUAAAUGGAGUUUAAAGUUAACAUUUUAAAUUUGAUAUAGAGACAAGUUCUUUCUUUAAUCAUGUGAGAAUUGUGACAUUUGUAGCCCAUUUACGAGCAAUGUUGAAAGGAAAAUAAUGCAAGUAGGAAAUUUUCUUCCUUAGUCCAUUUUAUAUCUUGCUUUUCACUGCCUUCUAUUACAUUUAUUGCAAAUUUGUAUUUAGUGUUUGUAUUCUUGUUUGAUGUUAACUUAAUUAGCUGUAACUAAACUUGACAAAAGAAUUGAUCUGCAAUCUUUGAAUGCUUCUCUCCCCAUUUCUUAUGUUUUGAUACAAAAUUAUACCCCCCAUGAACUUUUCUGUGUGGGACAGGGAAUAUGAACACCAACUAUGCAACUCCACAGAACAGAGUCCUUGUGUAGCUGAUAGUUGCUCAGCUAGUCAAGAAAUUCCUUCAUUUUAUGUAACCAUAACAUUCAUUACUGUUCACAACAGUGUGCCAUUGAUCCUAUCUUGACCACUUGAAUCCUCUGAUAUAUUCCUGUAUCUUCCCUUCAGGAUUUAUGACUAAAAUACUGCUUGAAUUUCUGUUAUUUUUGUGUAUACUACAUGUCCUGCCCAUCUCAUCCCUCUUGUAUGAACACUGCAAAGAAAUAUAGGAAGUUUAAUACUGGUAUAACUGGGCUAGGACUAGAUGCAUAAAAUAUUAGUUGAGGAAUUGUUCUAUAUCAGUUGUAUGUGAUGGGAGUCAGUUGUAUACUUUUAUAAAAAUCAUUUCACGUGCUGAAUUAAAAGCCAAGUUCAGAAGACCUGAUACGGUAAUGAACAAAGAAUGGGAAUGUUAGACCACUCGGUGAAUAAGAAUUCAGUUGUAGGUUCAUAAACUUAAAAUGUGGAGGAAGGAAAUUGACUGCUCAAAAAAUUGUCUGUUUCUAUGGUGCUCAAUUUAUUCAUUGUAUUUACAAUAAGCCUGCCAUCAAACCUUCCUAACCUGUUUCUUUAACUUUCUUUUUACUAUUAUUAUCACAAUAUUUGUCUAUGCACUGCUGCCAACAGUACUAAAAAAGCCCCUCGUUUCUGUCCCUAUUUUGCAUUUUUCCCAAAUUUCUCUCCCAGUGGUUUAUCUGCAAUAAAUUUCCCUUUUUUAUCAUUAACUAUGGGGCACCUUAUAUAAGGAACAAGAUUGAAAAUGUAUACUCUUUGGAGUACACUUACAUUCCAAAGCCAUUCUUCACACUACAGUAUGUUCGUCAUUGUACAAAUGUAAUCUGAGGUAACUUUUGUGCAUCACUUCAACAGUGACCUCAGUUCCCUUUGUUGCACAGCAGUGGCCAUUGAUGCAGGUUGCCUGCCGCCUAGGAAACUGUGAUACAUUAGGACAGGCCAAUAAGGUGUUCUUCACUUACACUAGAGUAUGAAGAACACCUGAUAACCAAAAAUGUUUGAGGGAGUUUAAGAAUAAACCCUUGGAAUGCAGGUUAACAAAUAACAGAAUAUGAUGGUAUGGACAUGUUUUAAGAAUGAAGGGGUUAAAUCAAGGUUUUGAAUGUAAAAGUGGAUGGAAGAUAUCAUGAGGGAGACCAAAAUCAAGAGGGGAAUAACAGCAGGUUAGGAAAGAUGUUACACAAACCAUGGGAAGUAAUUGAGGAGGCUGUAUUCUUAGCAUCUCAGGUAUCUUUCUUUAAAAUAUCCUAGCCAGAGUAUUGUAUUAUUUUCCCAACAUGUGCUUUAUUUCCCACCCUUCUCAUCUUGAUUUAAUCACCCUGACAAUAUUAGUUAAGAAGUACAAAUUUUGAACCUCCUCGCUAAGUAUUUUUUCCAUCCUUAUACUUCUCUGUCUUGGGUCCAAAUCAAGUUAAAGUAUUUUACAUCCAGCACUUGAUAUAAUGAAAAAUAAACCUUGAAAAUGAGACACAUGACUACAUAUUAUGUGAGUAAAUAUGAUGGAGUAACUGAAUGGUUAUACUGCCUAUUACAUUGCUGGUUUUGUGGCAUCAUGUUCUGUUUAUUCUGCUGAAAAAGCAGACUAGCUCAUUUAAUUAGUAUCAUCAUUGACACCUUGAUACUGACCAGAUUCUAGGAUGCAAGAGGAGUGUUAUUUACAGAUAUUUAAAAUGUUUAUGGAUGAAAAUUGUUCAUGAUUAUUAACAUGGGGGGGAUUCAGUAAUUCUUAUAUAGGCCUAACUAUCCAUAUAAAUGCUGCGCUACACAUUCUGGAUCGUGCGUCUUUGAACUAUGUGUUUGUUGUGUUGAUGGUGGCCCAGUCAAGUACAGUGAGUGAUUCUCAACCUUUACUUCUGAUACCUGAAAUUGGCCACCCUGCAAUUCUUGGGCUUCAUGUUUUUGGCACUUUUCAAAAUUAGAGUAAUGUGAGUGCCUGUGGGCCACAGUCUGACGUAUGGAAUCAGUGAUAGAAUAUAGUGGAUACAGCUCCAUGUGGCCAGUGUUAUGUUACCGUUAAAAAUACGCUUAAAUGAAAAAAGAGAAACAAGGCACUUCAAAGUAUGAGAAGUAUUCAUCACAGAAUGUUGAUACACACCACAGCAUUAUGCACACCUGGUUUGGUACUAAAGCCCUCUGUGAGUGGCAAAACAUUGGCAGCAUUUCUUGUUACUGAUUUAAGUAUUUUGUGUCAACUUAUCUUGUUCACUUCCAGUUUUUGUUUUAGUUUCACUUAGGUUCAUUGUUAUAGGUAGUGUAAUAAAAAGUAGGUCAUCUGCUCCAUAAUGAGGUGGUCAUGUUAGCAGCUUUAGACACUAUACACAGGUGACUGGUCCAUUUGGGCCCUGCAAUUAAAAAUGUGUUUGUGUUGAAUGAACAAAAUACACAGAGGUUGAAAACUGGAUGUACAAAUCCACCCAUACAUUUUAAACAUAUUACAUAUUUACUUAACAUUUUUUUCAUUGUGCAGUGAUAAAUGUGGUAAACCUGGAAAGCAGUUCCCACCAAGGAAACAGAUUUUAUACAAAAUCAGUUGAGGGUGUCAUGGAUCCAUUUUAUAAUUUGUUAUUAUGUCACACCAAAAAUUUUUUACUUUUAAAUGUAGUUGUUUUUCACUUUCACUUUGUACACUCUUGGUACAUGUGUGUGCUACCAAGGGUGUUGAAUAUUUUUAAGGGAUGAGAUUCAUCAUCGAGUGUCAAUAGUUCAGAUUCUGUAGUCAUUAAUGAUUUAUUUAACAAGACUGUAUCAAUUGCAAAAGUUGUAACAAAUGAUCAUAUGAUUUUGAAUGAUGGAUAAGAUGUUAUGGCCUAUUGUAAGGUACUGAUCCAGCAUGUAUAUACCUGGAGGGAUUGAGGAAUCACAAAAACCUCAAGAUAGCCAACUUCCCACCUGAGAUUUCAGUAUCUUGUUAUGUCUUUCAAGCAGUCAUCCACUCACAGUACAAGUUAAGCAGAAGGAUCAUAUUAUGAAGGAGAAUAAUUAUAAUAAGGGAUACUGAAAGUAAUGUAGGAACAUUGAUGAAAAGUUUCAAAUUACAAAAAACUUAUUAAAAUUAUUUGUUUAUAUGACUGUCAUCUGGGAUGUGCAAUUUAGACUGGUAGAAGUUUACCGACAUGCCAGAUGUGCUUUCUGCCUCCAUCAUCAGGGUGAUAGCUGCACAGUAAAAUUGUUUGUUUCAAGAUGCGUAUAUCACAUAGUUACAGAUCUAUAAAUGUAUGCCCCUGCUUAGGUCCAGAAACUAUUAACAUGUCAGUAACUGUAGUAUCAGUAGAGUUUACUUAUUUUUAAGUAUUUCUCGUACUCAACAGUGCAUGGAACUGUGAGUAUGUACAUCUUGUAUUCAUCCCUUCUGUGUUUCUUGUAAAGUUUUGGUAACAAUUACUCAGUUCAUAUAUUUCAGGUAUAAAUAUUGUAUUUAUUCCUGUUGAUUUUGUUUCAUUCUGUUAGUAGUAGUUUACCCUUUGUUAUCCAUGUUUAUAAUUUCAAUAACAUAAUUGGACAACAGCAAACAAGUGCAGACUUACAGGUGACAUUGGAAAGGCACAGUUCACGUUAAAAGGAAAAAUAAACCUUAAAUUUACCACAGUCCAGAACUAUGUGAUUUAUGUUCUUGGCAGUUUUUUAAGAUGUAUCUUUCCCUCUCCCCACAAGAUCCCAGUUUGAAUGAUUUGUUGUGAAAAUAGAUUUUCCCCCAGAAAAUACUACUAUAUUUGUUCCUAGAAAUGUAAAAAAUUCAAUUUGACAUGAUAAAUUUAAUAUUUAUCUUUUAAUGUUAAACAUAUAGUUUCAGUUUUCACUCUUGCCACCAGUCAGAGAGAUUUGUUGAGUAGGUUAAUUUCACAACAUGUGUAGAGUGUGUAUUUUCAGUGAAAUAGAAUUCAUUUUAAGUGUUAUGCCUCAAGUGGGAACAUUAAGGUAUUGAGCAUGAGAACACAGAACAGUAGAAGAAAGCAGAGAUUAUAACAUUCCUUACUUUGUUGGAAGUAAGAGCACUUGAACAGUUAAUGAAUUGAUAAGCGGGUCUUGACAUAUGGCUGCCCAUACAACUUGCACUUGUACCAACAGGUCUGUGUUCCCAAAAUCAAGUUGCAUGCUUAUUGCACUAGGCUUCAUCAGGCAUCAAAGAUCUUUGGUCACAGUGCAUAUUUCAUCAAUAUUCAUUGAUUGUGUUUUAGGAAAUUUGUAAAGUAUAGAACAACAUGUAGAAUUAAUUAUACAUCAUUAAUACUUUAAGUAAAUUUGUGUCUGCAUUUAGAGACAGUCUGAAGACUUGCGCAGAUAUGAUGAAAAUUUAAUGACUCAAAGCUCUUAAAAAUGUUGCUAUACUGUGAUCAUCGCCAUUUCUCUUGAUCUUUUUUCUUAUAUAUCGUUUCAUUUUGUAAUGUUUUACUUCUGUUUUACUUUCAUAAAGUGAUUGCCAGUUUUUUAUUAUUAUUUAUUUAAGGUGCAAUACAUGCCAAAAGACAGUAUUGAAAUAUACACUUUGUACAUUAUAACCUGAGUAUCAUUUCUGUGUAAAAAGGAUCAAAAGUAUUUUGUGGAAUUAGCAUUACCAAAUAAGUGCCCUGUGUCAUCCAGGCUAUGCUAGUUUAUUUUAUAGUCAACAGUGUUAAGCUAUCCAGAGUUUCAUAAUUUAAGUCUUUUAAUAUGCAAACUAAAACCAAAAUCUUGCUCAAGAUUUGUGUGUAUUUGUUUCACUGCUCAUUGCAUUUUGUCCCAUGGUUUCUUUUACAAGAGAGAGAACCAAACUUCUGAAUGUUUGGAAUUGUCCUACAUCUUUAGUGGGAUAUAGAAGUUACCUAUAAUGUAUAUGGUGCAAACAGAUUAAUUAGAUGUGAUAUUGCUUUUAUUUUUUGGAUAGAUAUCAGUUAUUUGUAUUUCAUAUAAUAGAAAUUUCUUGUUAUUGUUAUUUGCUUCAUAAGAAAACUAGUAUUUUGAAUUUUACUUUUCCUGGUUGCAAUGAUGGUGACAUGAAUGAUGUAUGUAUGUAUGUAUGCCAUGUAAAAGUCAGUGUAUUGUCUUUUAUUGAUCAUUCAGUACUUCCCUGUAAUGUUUCUCUUUUAUAUAAAAUAAUGUUAUCGCAUAGGGACUCUUCAGUAACCUCCAAUUUGAUUUAUUGAUUUAUGACCCUAGAUAACUUUUUCUGUAUUUGACAUCUCAAGUUAAAAAAAUUAGUUUUUUGAUGAUUCAACACAUAAUUUAGAGUACCUUUUUGUCUUAAUGAGAAAAUGAUCAAGUUUCAGAAUUUUAAAUAAAGUGACAUUUUAAAUAA